AUGGAGAAAUCUUUCUCCGAUCAGCAUGUUGCGAUACCUGGCAUGGACUUUGGCCACAACUAUGAAAGUCGCCUCAGUAGAGGCCAUCACAAAUCAAUGUAUAGUGCGCCAAAGGAAUUCUUACACGCCGUGUAUUGUUCAAUGGUAAUGAAGUACGAAUCUCAACUCCAAACAGGAAAAACAUCUGCCGAUGCAGUGGAGUUUUCUCUUGGCGUCUUUGAUGAAAACGAGAAGUACAUUUUGCACUCUAUGAAUGCCAACCCUGAGGAUUCCAAGACAAUUCGCGAAUCUUUUCGAAAGAAGAUUCCAUUGUUCACAUAUUUCCUUGACAAAGACAACGAACAACUUCUCUUCCGAAGCGAGCAAGGUGUCGUUCUCCUCGAAAAGAAAACUCAAUGCAUCAUACCCAUUCGAGAGAAGAUCCCCGAGUAUGUUGAGCAGUACAAGCUUUCGAUCCGAGAAGAGCUUGCAAGCAAGCAGAAGCCAGGGAGCCUCGCAACCCAGAAGAAAGUCCUUAGGGAACUGGCCCGGCAUAUCAACGAAAAAGGUGUCAAAUUCAAGGCAGAGCAUGUCUUGUUUCCCGUUCUCAUGAAUGAGGAAUAUGUCUUCAAUGAAGGACACCUUCACGCCCUUCCUCGCGACAACGAAGAACCGGAAGACCCGGAAGAACCGCCCGAGCCAGUAGUGCUCCCGGAAGAGAGGCCCCGAGCUCGUAUCCCACAAGCGGAAGAUGGUUCACCACCGGGUUCACCAGAUGAGAAUACCGACUUUGAAGAGCAGGCGCUAGCUCAAGCUCGCCGCGGAACAGGCGCUGUCGAACGGGCUGUUACCGACAUGAAUCGGGCUACUGAAAACAUGGCGAACAUGUUGGGCAACGUCACCGCGGCCGUCGCAAAGAGUAACACGGAGACGAGUCAAAACAACGCUACCUUGCUGGCAACUGCCAAAUUGGCUGUGGAGGGAACCUGCGCCACCAACAGUAGAAUGGUGACCGUGCUAGAGAAGCUGCAGCAACAACAGCAGGAACUUCUAAAUGUAAUGGCUGCACGACGUAACGCUGUUGCUGCAGCGCCACGAUCGAAUCGCACGUCGCGUGAAUUGUUCCCGGCCGGAAAAGAAAACUCGGCCGUGCUUGGAUCGGAGUCCGAGGACGAUGACUCCAAAAAGCCCAGGGCCAAGGCGACGCCCGUCAAGACGUCGAAGUUCGCAGCAGCUGGCAAAGCCAGCGGAAAGCAGGCGAAAAGUACGAUGUUCUUCAACCAGAAUGGCAAAGAGGGCGACGGGAACGCUCACGCAAACACCAAGCAGUUUCAAACGCCAGCUCGCAAGACCCGAGGAUCGGCCAAGACUCCUGCAACGGAGCCGGUUCGUCGCUCUACUCGGCGCACGAAACACAAUAUUGACGACAGUUGCCACUACUACUAG